AAGUUAUCAAAGGAACGCUGAAUGCGAGAUAUACACGUCUAACCAAUUCAUCCCUUCAUUAAAUCCAUACUCCUUUACAAUCCUUUUAUAGUAUAGAUAAGUAAAGUUUUUCGUAAAAAGCUGCUUUAUAAAAGAAAAACACGAUAUAAGAGAAGCUAAAGACCAGGUAAUGGAAUGCGGAUGGUUUGAGUAACUGCUUACAAUUGAAUCAAAAGUAAGUUUAUAACUGUAAACAAGGAUCUCCAUAUUCUUCAUUCAACUGGAUUGAGGUGCAGUAUUGUUAAUGUCAAGUCCCAUAUUAAAGUAGUCAGGAUUUAUUCGUUAUUGUUAACAGCCCAGGAGGAAAAAGUAUCGAAAAUUCUUACUUAAUUAUUCAAAUUUUAUUAUUCUUCGUUUGCUUCUACUGGUGUACCCGACAUGUCAAGUAGGGCAAGCAGUGCAUCCAGAGUCAGUGAUGGAAGAAAUUCACCCGCAUUGUUUGCCGAUAGCUUAAGAGUUCGAAGUACCCUGAAUGCUGACGACUAUUUUUGGAACGAAGAAAAUGUACUUGAGUUCUUACAAGAUCAUAAUCUUCUAAAUAUUUGGAAGGAUGCCCUGCUAGCUGAGAAAAUUGAAGGACAGGCCUUCGUAAGCCUUGUCAAUCAUGGAAACGCGUUAGCGUUAGCUCAAAAGUACAAUAUCCCUGAUGAAGAAGCUGCUCAGCUAACGAACCAAGUUCGGCAGGCUUUAUUUUCAUCUGUAGACCCAUCUGGUCUUGAAACCAGUAGGAAACUGAAUUCCCCAAAAUCAUUAGAUUCCCCACUAAGUAAAGGAGACGAUGUAUCCUCUGUCAAUGACUUUAAUGUUACAUCUUUCCUGAACAAAAUUGGUUAUAGAAAUAGAAAGAACUCUUCUACGGAAUGGCUGACUGGCUCAUCAGACGGGUUUCCUGGACAAGAUGGCCUUGUUGCAACAGAAGAAUUACCCCGUAAUUCAAGUUCGAGUUCAAUGGAUUCUUUGAAGCAAUCGGAAUACUUCUCUACAAAUGAUGCUCAAAAAAAGCAAACAAGCCUAGGGGAUGGUAAACUUUUUAGAAGUAGGAGUGUUAACAAAAGACAAAGCACCGACUAUAAAGAAAAGUCAAACAAUUUUUUAAGAAAAUUUCGCGUCCCGGGAUUUUCACGCGAGAAAGAAAAGGACAAGUCUAGAGAAAAGUUGCCUUUUCCAACAUCACCUUCUGCAAAAGUUUUCUCUAAAUUAAGUUUGAAAAAUACUCCUGAAUCCUCGUAUACUGAAACUUGGGUUCCUCGUGUACACCGGUUGGAAAGCCAAAUUGGUUUAGGCGUGAAAAAGCAAGCGUUUGUUCUGGCUACUACAGAUGAUGAAAACUUCAUUGCUGUUAAUGUAACUAAUGUUAAUUCAGCUUACCAACUUCGUGAAACGCUGGCAAAAAGUGUCUCCAUAGAUAGCUCUCCAACGGAGAGUCAUAUUUACCUUACCGAAGUGGGUGGUGCCCAAUAUAUUGAAUCUCUUGACGACAUUAAACUGGAUAUCACCAGACGCUAUGUUGAUGAAUUUGGGACAAUAAAAUUUUUUAUAACUCCUGCCAAGGACGCCUCAUUCCCUGAAAAGGUGUCAAAUGAUACAGUUUCUAUAUCGUCAAAAUCUUCCAACAAUGUCAACGUAAAGUAUCCUUCAGAUGAAAUCAGGUAUUUUCAAAAUAUCAAUUUAAGUUCCCAAUCGAAAAGGAACAUUAGGCAUUCAGUACUCACGUCCGAUUUUGACAAAGAAAGUCCUGUCAACGCAAUACCUCCUGGCACUCAUAAUGAUAAAAAGACUGGCUCGGCUCCAAAUUUAGCAGUUCUACAAGAGUCCCCGUCUAGGCGAUUUCGCGGCUUUGAAAAAAUUAGGGGUGCGAAAGGAGAAAUGGCUGCUAGAAUUCUUGAUGGCACUGAAGAAGAUACUGGAAAGAAUAGAUUUAAAGUUUUGAGGCCUCACAAGAAAAUUACCUUAAAACUUCCUUCGAGCUCGUCUUCUAAAUCAUCUGAAUUAAGUCCCAAGCCGUCAUUAUUGGGUAGAAAUUUUAUAGCUCAUAGAGACCCGCCUUCUCCUCCUCUAACAAAUGAUACUGCUCCUAAACGUACAAGUACCAUAACUAGACAAUCUAGCUUGCGUUAUGUACAUUCACCUGUUUCUGACAGUCCUGAGGAUUCAAAAAGCAUGGGUUUUAACUUAUCAGUCAAUACUGGCGAAUUCACAGAUUGGGAAAACGAUCUUUCAUUUAAUAAUGCCCCUGCUUUCGAUGAGUCAGAAAUUCCAAGUGAUACGUUUUGGGCUGUUCAACCUAAAAACCUUCAGGACAAUAACCCGGAAAUGCUGAAAGAAAGGAAUUCACUUAAAACAUCACCAGUUACGACUGAUAGCCAAACAAACCAGCGUACCGUUCCCGAAUUUUCACAUGGUGAUGAUUUAGCUAUAAAUUUAUCCCCGUUGUCUCAUCAUAUAAGAGGAAUGAACAUAAACAAUAAUGCACCUAUUUCAUUACAAGACGAAGAGCAAACAAAAUGGGAGGUUCGCCCUUCUGCUGAUGAUUUGUAUAGAAACGUUGAUCAAUUUUUCCCUCGAUAUAAUUUAGACAAUGUGUUAGUUUCCGAUAGUUCGAAAGCUGUAUCUUCACCUACGAAAACUUCAAUUAGACCGAAAGUGAAGUCUGUGCGCUAUUUAGCACGUGAAGUCUUUGAGGCUCGUAAAGCACUAUUGAGGAAUAAUAGAAAAAAUAAAGGUGUUAAUUUACUACGACGGUCAAGUACAAAAUUUUGGGGUUCCAAGAUAGAAGAGGUAAAGCCUGAAGGAAACGAUGCCUCAAGUUCAGUUAUAAGUCCAAGCAAUGAUACCUCUACAUUCAAAUGGUUAAAAGGUGAAUUAAUUGGAAACGGAACUUACGGCAGAGUAUUCAUAGCUAUGAACGUUAACACCGGUGAACUGAUUGCCGUUAAACAGGUUGAAAUUCCCCAAACCGUCAAUACAUAUCACGAAAGACUUUGGAAAAAUAUUGUCGAUUCCAUAAAUUCUGAAAUCGAAACAAUGGCUGAUCUGGAACAUAUCAACGUGGUACAGUAUCUUGGAUUUGAAAAAACCGAUACGGAUAUAAGCAUAUUCUUGGAGUAUGUCUCCGGCGGUUCCGUUAGCCGUUGCUUGAGGAACUAUGGGCCUUUUGAAGAAUCUGUAGUGCGAUUUAUUACCAAGCAAGUUUUGCAAGGGUUGGCUUAUUUGCAUUCAAAGGGCAUUAUACACCGUGAUCUUAAAGCAGAUAAUUUGUUGAUUGAUUUUGAUGGUAUGUGCAAAAUAUCCGAUUUUGGUAUCUCUAAACAUAGCGAAAACGUCUAUGGUAAUGAUGCAAACCUUUCCAUGCAAGGUACUAUUUUUUGGAUGGCACCAGAAGUCAUCGAUAGUAAUCAUCGCGGCUAUAGUGCCAAAGUUGAUAUAUGGUCACUUGGAUGUGUUGUAUUAGAAAUGCUUGGAGGUAAUCGACCGUGGUCAACUGAGGAAGCGAUUCAGGCUAUGUUUAAAUUAGGAACUGAGAAGAAAGCACCUCCCCUUCCUUCUGAACUCCGUAAACGUGUCUCGGAAGACAGCAUAAAUUUCCUGAAUGAAUGCUUCACCAUUGAUGCUGACAAACGACCAACAGCCGAAGAAUUGUUGAGUCAUCCUUUCCUUAAGCUUGAUAGUGCGUUCACUUUCGAAAGCACAGAACUUUAUAAAUUAUUACAUGAAAGACACCAUAGGUGAUAGCUAAGAAUUUUCCAUGAUAUGCUGCUAUUUAUUUAAUUUUGCAAAUAUCUUAAUAUGAGCUUAGAUAACUACCAUUAAAUUCCCAACGUAGAUAUUAUAAUCAAA